CCCCAUCACCCUUACUAGUCAUCUAAAUAUAACGUUAGCCCUAGAUAUUCUAAUUUAGAAAAUAUGUUUUACAUUUUAAUUUGAAACUGGUGUGUGUUUAUUUAUUUAUUUAUUUUUCUAUCUGUGAGGAAAAUGGAAAUGUAAACAUAACCCUCAUAUGACUCUUAUUUUGACCGAAGGUUUUCACGAGCUUCAUGCGUAUUUCCUCAAGACUUCAGUAAGGCUAGUAGCUUAACUACUAUUCUGCAAAGCAUAUUUAAACAAGAAUGUACUGAUAUCAUUUUUCUCUUGCCUGAACAGAAAGCAGUCUUAUAAAAGAUGCGCGAUGAUUUAUUUUAGUUUUCAACUCGACAUCAGGUCUUUGUAGACCAAUGUAUGGCGAAACAGCUCUUGCUAGCUAAGGUAUUUGGUGUAUUGGUGCUGGUAAGAUAAUUUAGCUAGCUAGCUGGCUAUAAUGUUAAACUAGUUAGCCCAAUAGCUAGCUACAUACUGUCGUAAUGGCGCAAGUGGAGAAACCUGCUUUCCUGCUUAUGUCUGAAAAGUCUUUUUAGUUUUGUCAUAAUCUAGGAUUUUCACGUCGUUUAAAGUAGCAUUUCGCAGUCUUUCCAACAGAUGGCAACAUUUUAUGGCCGGUACAAAAUCAAAACCUUCCUAACCUGGAGGCUAUAAUUUAUUUCUCUUUUUUUUCUACCAUUAAAAAAUCGUGUUUUGCCAUGAACGCGUUAGUGUCUUAUGAUGAUUCUGACAGUGAGGACACUUUAGUGAAAGAGGAGCCCUUUAGUGAGAGCCUGCUUGAGUGUGAAACUGCAAAACAGAGGCUUGUAUCAAAUCUGACGGGGCCUAAUUCCGAAUUCCCAAAUUAUAGGGACAAAAAAGAGCCGCAUACAACAGCCUCAAAUCUUUACAUACAAUUUGCUUCUACAGCUUGGCGUCCAAAUAAGCCUACACCUCAAUGCAUUCAAGAAGCAGUAUGCCCUUCCUUGCAGCCAGUAGUCAGUUCUGCUGCAAUGAACGCAAAGAGAUCCAGCCCAGCUGGAUUGAAACCAUACAUGUCCAAGAGACAAAGGCUAUCCACACUGGCAGUGUCAUCAGAGGUCAAUAAAGAAGGUUUGUCAGAAUUACAGGCCACACGUUCACGUCUUCUCUCAGAGGUAUCAGAGAGAGUACGUCCAUUUCUAGGCAGAAAAGGGGGCAGAACAGAGCUGCCUAGAUCUGUCCAGCAUCACAUUCAGGCCCACCAGGGCCCAGUCAACACAGUGCAGUGGUGUCCUGUGCCUCAUCUCAGCCAUCUCCUGCUCUCUGCUUCCAUGGACAAGACCUUUAAGGUUUGGGAUGGUGCAACCAGUGGGCAGUGCCUCCAGACUUAUUCUACCCACUGUGGGGCUGUUCGGGAUGCAUGCUGGAUGCCAUGUGGACGACGCCUUUUCUCUGGCUCCUUUGACAACACGGCUGCAAUCACAGAUGUGGAGACAGGUCAGGUCAUUGCCAAGAUGGAGAAUCAAUUUAUGGUGACUUGCCUUGCCAUUCAGCCCUCAGAUCCAAGUGUUGUUCUGUGCGGCGGAUUCAGUGCUGAGGUUAAGGCGUGGGAUUCCCGGACCUGUAAGGUAAUCAAGGUGUACAGGGCUGGGAUUCAGCAAACGUUGGACAUCCUUUUUCUGGGUGAAGGGAAGGAAUUAGUGACCAGCAGUGAUGCUGUCAGUCGAGACUCUGCAGAUCGCACACUUAUUGCCUGGGAUUUUGUGACUACUGCCAAAAUCUCCAACCAGAUAUUCCAUGAGAGAUACACAUGUCCUAGUCUGGCGCUGCACCCACAGGAAGACUGCUUUGUUGCACAAACCAAUGGAAACUACAUAGCACUCUUCUCAACCCAGAAGCCAUACAAGAUGAACAAGAGGAAACGAUUUGAAGGACACAAGGUGGAAGGUUAUGCGGUACAGUGCGAGCUGUCUCCAGAUGGAACCAUGCUGGUUUCAGGCAGUUCCAUGGGCUCUGUGCACUUCUACGACUUUCAGAGAACACGGAGCCUGAGCAUACUCCAUGCUCAUCAACAGGCUUGUUUGGGUGUGUCAUUCCACCCUGUGCUGCCUGCUGUGUUUGCCACAUGUGACUGGGGAGGGGAGAUCAAAAUAUGGAAUUGACUAUCUUAGAGACGCAGAUCAUUUUCUGCAUAUGGAGACUCCAGGUUCUUGUGUUUGAAAACAGAACUUUAAAUGGUCUACACCUAUUUGUGAAUAGUGAUGUAAAAAAAAAAAAAUUAAUAUUGUAGGUUGGGUAUAGAACAGAAUAGGUAUGUGAAAAUGUGGUGGAUGGGGGGGGAAAAAAGCCUUUCUUAAUUAAAUAUCUAAUUGAAUCUCUAAAUAUCUCUGAAUGUUAUUGCAAAAAAUAUUGUGUAGUUGUAGCAGUAGUACACAGCCAAGAGGCAUGUCAAGGAUUUAGCAUACAAAUUUUCAGGCUGCACAGAAACAUUCUUAAUAUAUUGAUACAAAGGAUUUAUUUCGACUCAAAUUUUACAUGAUUGAAUUUCCUGCUGAGUGAUUUUGCCUUCAGAUAUU